AUGGACAAGAUAUUUCUCAUUCUUGUCUAUUAUUCAAAUGAAGUAACACUUAUAACAUGCAAAUUAGAAAUAGGCAGAAGUAAAUUUGAACCAAAAUAUAGACUUGAGAGAUGUCAAAAAGUGAAAGGAGUAUGUAAGCCAUUCUGUGAUGAUGUUGAGUAUGAUUAUGGAUACUGCAUUAAAUGGAGAGAUCAGUGCUGUGUGUAA